UUGACCCGUUCUUAUUUUUUAAGCGGUUUUAAAAAUGGCGACCGGGAAGAGAUGUGUGUUUACAGUUAUUAAUGUGAUUAUAACGGCUCUUAUCAUAGAAAGUCAAUGUCGACUCCACCAUCUCGUACUUAAGGAUGACAUCCGUCAGCGGGUCCAUCUGAACACAUUCGGCUUUUAUAAAGAUGGUUACAUGAGUAUGAGCAUGAACAGCCUCAGCUUCUCUAGUGGGAAGACGGACAACAUUGACAGCUCCACGAUUGGUUUUAGCCUGGAUCGUGCAAGCAAUAAUGGCUUCUCCACAUAUCUGGACGAGGGUCUUGACUACUGUCCUCUAAAAAAGGGUCCAAGUAGUAAUUUUGCAGGGGUGCUUCUCUUGCUAGACUUCAAAAAUAACUUAGUGAGGAAGAAGACUUCAGCAGAGGCUGGCGUUUUUCCCAACAUCAUAGCCGUGGUGCCCAAAAUCACUGCGGAGGAUCAGCAAGCUGAAAAGGGCCAAGAUCUCCAAGACAAGGGGCCAGAUGAUGGAUCUCAGUCUAAGACGGGUUCUAAAUCCAAACGAGAUGUUGAGAACAAGGUAGAAGAUACCUAUGCUCUUCAGCACAAAGACAAAAUGUAUUCAUUUCAGUUUUACUUCAAUGUCACAACGGAUGAGCAGCAAGGCCUUUAUAACUUUUAUUUCUACAAUUGCUACUAUGCCAAAACGGACAGCGCUAUAUCAGACAUAUAUAUGCCGUUCAGCAUUGAUAUCAACAUCGAGGAGAAGAAUCCAGAAAGUUUCCUCUCUGCAGGAGAGAUUCCUUUACCUAAGCUUUACAUCUGCAUGUCCAUGUUCUUCUUCCUCAUCGGCACACUGUGGGUUCAUGUUUUGCGUACACAUAGUUCUGAUGUUUACAAGAUUCAUUGGCUGAUGGCUGCUCUUCCAUUCACAAAGUCCCUUUCCCUUAUUUUCCAUGCAAUUGACUACUACUACAUUUCCAAUCAAGGCUUUCCUAUUGAAGGCUGGGCUGUGGUCUAUUACAUUACUCACUUACUGAAGGGGGCACUGUUGUUCAUCACUAUAGCAUUAAUAGGAACAGGCUGGGCCUUUGUCAAGCAUAUCCUCUCAGAUAAAGACAAAAAGAUCUUCAUGAUCGUCAUUCCCCUGCAGGUCCUGGCCAAUGUGGCAUACAUCAUUAUUGAGUCCACAGAGGAGGGCUCCAGUGAAUAUGGUCUCUGGAUGGAGAUCCUGUUUCUGGUAGAUCUGCUGUGCUGCGGGGCUAUUCUCUUUCCAGUUGUCUGGUCCAUAAGACAUUUACAAGAGGCAUCAGCAACAGAUGGGAAAGCUGCCAUCAAUCUGGCUCAGCUGAAACUUUUUAGGCACUACUAUGUGAUGAUUGUAUGCUAUAUUUAUUUCACCCGCAUCAUUGCCAGUCUCAUCAAGGUCAUUGUUCCUUUCCAGUGGAAGUGGCUUUACCAGCUGCUGGAUGAGCUGGCCACUCUGACUUUCUUUUUCUUAACUGGACACAAGUUCCGUCCGGCCUCCUACAACCCCUACUUGCUGCUGUCUGUGGAGGACGAAGACAUGGAGAUGGACGAUGUGGUAACUACCUCAACAGCCAUGGGAGAGGGCGUUAAGAAAGUGAAGAAACUGUCAAACGGACCAUCGGAGGAGAGGGAGAGCAUGGCAUGAUGGAAGAAGCAAUUCUCUGUCGGUUCUGUGUGCCUCUGGACUUUGUGGCCAGCUACUGACGUGUGGGAUAUUCUUGAGGAAGAGCUUAACGGCUUCAUGUCCAGAAUUCCCAGUGGACCUUCUUUCAUGAUCACACCACGUUCCAUAUCCACAUAUAUGUCUAUCUCUGUAAGUGUUGCACAGACAGUAUGGAGAAUUCACGUUAAGGUACUCCAUGAUUCCUUUUGCCACUGUAGUUUUAAUUGACAUGCUUGGUGCCGUGCUUCAUUUUUAUUUGACCUUGAUGAUUGUGUGUGUGUGUGGGUUUUUUCUUUUUUAUUUGGUUGUUUUUUUUUGUUUUUUGUUUUUUUUUUAUAUUUAUUUAUGACCUUCCUACGCAUUGCUUGAUCUUAGACACUCUGUGGCACUUUAACAGGUACACUCUAGUCAAGUGAAAGCCUAUGUGAGGUCACCACGACGUGUAGAAAACUGCCGUGCCAGUGACUUCUCUUUCAGCUAUUAUUUAAAUGAUUAUUUCCUGCUCUGAGUUCUCAGAAAGAAUCAUUUUCAUGUAAAUAUGCAGGCCCUUAAAAUGUACGUAAGCCAGAUUAUAGAAGUCCAUUUCCAAAACAAAGAUUCUCAUAUAAUGUACUCACCCUCUUGUCAUCAAAGAUGUUAACGUCUUUCUUUCUUCAGUCGUAAAAAAAUUAAAUUAAACAUUUCUGCAUUUUUCUCCAUAUAAUGGACUGAUAUGGUGCCCCGAUAUUGAACUUGUAAAAAUGCAGUUUAAAUGCGGCUUCAAAAGAUCCCAAAUGCAGUUGUAAACCCAGCCAAGGAAGAAGGGUCUUAUCUAGCUUAACGGUCAGUUAUUUUCAUUUAAAAAAAUACAAUUUAAAUACUUUUUAAUCUCGAAAAACUCCAAUUGUAUUUUCUCCCUCAACUUCAAAAAUCAUUUCAAAAUCAUCCUACAUCACUACAGAAGUACUGACACAGUCUUUGCAAAGUGAACAUGCAAAGAAGAUUAAACACCCUCGAUAAAAAAGAUAAAACUGAUUUUGAAGUUGAGGGAGAACAUGAGAUGGGAGUUUUUCGACAUACCCUAACUGUCAUGAACUGGAACAAAAACAGUCGAGGCAGAGUAAGACAAGACAAGCGUUUGGCAUUAAAAAGUAUAUAAAUUGUAUUAUUUUUAUUAAAAUAACCGAUCGUUACGCUAGAUAAGACACUUCUUUCUCGGCUGGGAUUGUUUGAAGCUGCAUUUAAACUGCAUUUUGGAAGUUCAAAAUCGGGGCACCAUACCAGUCCAUUAUAUGGAGAAAAAACAUGAAAUGUUUUCCUCAAAAAAACAAUUUCUUUACGACUGAAGAAAGAAAGACAUGAUCAUCUUGGAUGACAAGGGAGUACAUUAUAUGUGAAUCUUUGCUUUGGGAGUGGACUUCUCCUUUAAUGUUACAAAAAAUAAAAUGUACAGUUUUCAAGCUUAGUCAGAUUUGAUGACAGCUGCUUUGUAUUUUCUCAGUAUUCGUGGGUUAAUUAUGGAUGACGAUGGACUUUAAAGAAAUAGAUCCAGGGUGUCCAGAAAUGUAUGUACUUAAAUUGUAUUGAACGUGGAUUAAAAUUAUUUCAGGGAACUUGUAAUUUAUGGUUGCUAGUAAUGCAAUGGAGGAUUUUAUUUUGAUGUUUAAUAUUUUGCUUAUUUUCAGAUAUCUUGAAGCAAGCUUUAUGAAAUUGUGUUUCAGUAUUAAAUUGUGCAAUGGUUUCAUUUGUAUUUGUCUUUUAUAAUUUGUUAAAAGUGUGCUUAUAUCAUGUGAAAUCACGUUGAUGAUCUAUAUUAUAAAGAACUGAUCAGAAAUCAA